AAAUAAAAAGAUAAGGCAAAAACAAACGCCUCUCUCAUCAUCCUCCUCUCCUCAUUUCCAAAUUUCCCGGCAGAACACCAUGCUCUCUGUAACUACAAACACCCUUACCCUUAAAGCCUUCACCUCUCCCUUCACUGACAACAACCUCUUCCGUCUAAAUCCUCUACCUUUACGAUUCUUCUCUUCUAAACCCCUUCUUAAACCCAUUUCUGCCUCUCUCAUCCCACCCCCAAACUCUCAACAACGACGCCAGCAACAGGUUUACCAACCUUUCAGACCGCCACCCUCUCCUCUCCCACCGCAGUUCCGCAAUCUAGACACCGCCUCUCGUCUCGAAGUCCUCGCCAAUCGCCUCGGCCUCUGGUUCGAGUAUGCCCCCUUGAUUCCCACCCUGUAUCAGGAGGGUUUCCCCCCUCCUUCUGUUGAAGAAUCAACUGGCAUUUCUGGGGUUGAACAAAACCGACUUGUCGUUGCCGCCCAAGUCCGGGAUUCCCUCGUGGAAUCCAACACUGAUCCCGAAGUUCUCGCCUUUUUUGACACCGGUGGUGCGGAGCUUUUGUAUGAGAUAAGACUGUUAAGCGCCUCACAACGGGCCGCGGCGGCACGCUUUCUUGUUGAGAAUAAUUGUGAUGCUAAAGGAGCACAAGAUUUGGCGCGUGCAAUGAAGGAUUUUCCACGGAGGCGUGGGGAGAUAGCGCGGGAGAAGUUUAAUUAUGUUCUUCCAGGUGAUUGUUUGUCUUUUAUGUAUUAUAGGCAAAGUAAAGAGCAUAAACAUCCAUCAGAAGAGAGAACAAGUGCUUUAGAACUUGCAUUACAAGUUGCUGAGUCUGAUGAGGCUAAAAAGUUGAUAGAAAGAGAGUUACAGGGAGAGAUCGAGGAGAAGGAUGAAAAAGAAGUAAAAAUUGAGGACAGGGUUCAUGUUCCGGUUGUGAGAUUAAAAAUUGGUGAGGUUAGUGAAGCGACUAGUGUGGUUGUUUUGCCUGUUUGUAGAGGGGAGGAGAAGGAAAAAGGGAUUUCUGAAGCACCCUUCGAGUGUAGGAGUGAGGGGGAAUUUGGCGUGGUGGCGGCGGAAAAGGGGUGGAACAGGUGGGUGGUGUUGCCGGGGUGGGUGCCUGUUGUGGGGUUGGGGAAUGGGGGAGUGGUUGUGUCAUUUAGUGAUGCCAGGGUAUUGCCAUGGAGGGUGAACAGGUGGUAUAAGGAGGAGGCUAUUUUGGUGGUGGCGGAUAGGAGCAGGAAGGCGGUUGAGGUGGAUGAAGGGUUUUACUUGGUGCAGCUUGAAGAUGGUGAGUUGAAGGUGGAAAGAGGGUUGGCUUUGAAGGAAAGAGGGGUAGAAGAGAGUUUAGGGACAGUGGUGCUAGUGGUUAGGCCACCGAAAGAAGAGAUUGAUGAUCAAUUGAGUGAUGACGAUUGGGAGUGAAAUGAAUAUUAAUUUUGUUUAAAAUUGCGGUCAUUUAGGGUUUUAAUAAUGGUGAAACUUGAAGAUUUCAAUCAUACAGGCUUCAUUUCAAUGCCCUGUGGCAGGAGUUUUGCAACUUGUUUUGAUGCUGAAGGAUAGCUCUUGUUAGCAAUUAAUCCUGUUGUUUGUAAUGCUCUACUCAAUUUGUUUACUAAGAGGCUACUUAUUUUUUGGUUGCGUAUGCUGCUUGUAGUAUAUCAAAAAACUUAAAAUUACCACAGAAAUUUUGCUGAAUUGCAUUAUAUGAUGUGCAUGUUGUAUUUGUA